AUGUUUGCAGGUGCUGAAGGUGCCGUAGGUGCUCAUAGUGAAAUGCGGUAUAGGUGCUGAACAGGUGCUGUAGGUGCUGGCAGGUGCUGUAGGUGCUGUAGGUGCUGGUAGGUGCUGGUAGGUGCCGGUAGGUACUGGUAGGUACUGGUAGGUGCUGGUAGGUGCUGGUAGGUACUGGUAGGUGCUGGUAGGUACUGGUAGGUGCUGGUAGGUGCUGAUAGGUGCUGGUAGGUGCUGUAGGUGCUGAGCAGGUGCUGGGUGCUAGGCGUCUGCACUUACCCCCUUGGGAUAUUCAAGUAGGUUGGCUUUUUGCGCCUUGCCUGUAAAAGCAAUGAUUUUUUAAUAAUUCAAUAUCUCGACAAAGGAACAUUCUUUUCAGCUGAAAUUUUCAGGAUAUUCUAAAGACGAUUAGACCUAUCUAUGGGCAAAAUUUCAGAUCAAAACUCCGUUGUUUGAUUUACUGCUCAAUAUCGAAAAAAUGGUCAAAAAUUCAGUAGAGAGGGCAUAACUCGACUCCCAAGCCCCAUGGGGAAGAACCAUUUUAAGCUUU